UUUCAGCACUUAGGUUGUAAUAGCAGGCAGAAUAUACAUCACAGCUGUCGGCUGCUGAUUCAUUCACUUGGAUCUAGCAUCUACCGCUAAUAGAACUACACUUCCCAGAAUCCCCACCGUGACGCCACACACGUGCGACCAGCAGCGCCGCUAGCAGCAGGAGCACCCUUCACCGCAUUAUACGCCGGAGAAGGGAGGCCGCCGCGUGCUACACAGACAGCAGCAGCAGCAGUGAUGGGGAAGGUGAGGAAGAAGAGCAGGAACACGUUCAACUACAGCGUCAACCGGAAGAAGCUGAAGCGCCGGGCGCAGAAGAAAGCGGCUCCGCGGAUAACCUGUGAUGAGAUCAGAAAUGCUUGGAAUGACUCCAAGUCUGUGGCUGGAAACAUGGCUGAUAUGGGACUGGCUGCUGACCCCAAUAAAGCUCUACCAAUCCAUACAAACACGGUGAAAAACAGAAGUGCGGAGCAGAAACAGGUCCGAAAGCCAUACGUGAUAGAAAAACUAAAAGCUUUGGCCAGCCUGCCAUCCAAGAAGACUAUGGGCAUCUCUUCCGACAUGGUGCUUUAUGUCCGUCACAUGGUGGAGAACUAUGGAGAAGAUUACAAGGCAAUGGCACGAGAUGAUGAAAACUACUAUCAGGACACGCCUAAGCAAAUACAACGCAAGAUCAACCUGUACAAACGACACCACCCUGAUGAAUACCAGGCUCUGAUUACAUCAACAACAAAACAAUGACGUAUUAUACCUACAGUGUGAUGGUUGCAGAAAUUCAAACUGACUGUACUGGGGAGUGAGAGAUCAUGGGAGAGUAUAUUAUACCUACAUCAUUAUAGUCCUUUUACAGACAAAGCUCCACUCAUACUAGAGCAGUGAGUAUAUGCACUCAUUAAAGGAUAAACUUGAAAAACCAAGUGGGUUUGGACAAGGCACAUUCUGUCUCAGUGUGUACAGUAGACAUGUUUUAUCAUUCGUUACAAGUUUUAUAUUUGUUUUUGUAUCAUUAAAUAACCACAUCUCCAAAGUAA